GAGACUUGGGGCUUGAGGAGAGAGAGAGAGGGAGAGAGAGAGAGAGGGGGUGCAAUGGAGGCAGAACUGAAAGAGUUGCUGCAUGAUCUCGAAUCUCUGAAUCAAUCGCUUCCCGAUCCUUCUCAUCGUGCUUCAAUUGAUAAGCUACGAUUACGAGUGGAGCAUCUCACAAGUCUAGAAAAGUCAGGACCUGUUCGGCGUUUGAAAGUUCAGGAUAUGAGUGCAGAGGUGGUGGAUAGCAAUCCUUAUAGUAGGCUAAUGGCACUUCAGAGGAUGGGAAUUGUGGAGAACUAUGAAAGAAUACGGGAGUUCUCGGUUGCCAUAGUUGGAAUAGGUGGUGUCGGAAGUGUUGCUGCUGAGAUGUUGACAAGGUGUGGUAUAGGUCGACUGUUGUUAUAUGAUUAUGACAAAGUGGAGUUAGCAAACAUGAAUAGGUUAUUCUUUCGUCCAGAACAGGUUGGUAUGACAAAGACAGACGCCGCUGUCCAAACUCUCUCAGACAUAAAUCCUGAUGUUGUGCUGGAGAGCUAUACACUGAACAUCACCACGGUGCAAGGUUUUGAAACGUUUAUGUCAAGUUUGAAAAAUAAGUCAUUCUGCCCAAGGAAAGAAGGUAGUGGAGUGGAUCUGGUCUUAAGCUGCGUGGAUAAUUAUGAAGCAAGGAUGGCUGUCAACCAGGCUUGCAAUGAACUGAAUCAGACGUGGAUGGAGUCUGGUGUAUCUGAGGAUGCUGUUUCUGGUCAUAUUCAGUUGUUGAUACCUGGUGAAACUGCCUGUUUUGCAUGUGCACCUCCUCUGAUUGUGGCAUCGGGAAUAGAUGAACGGACACUAAAGCGUGAAGGGGUUUGUGCUGCCUCUUUACCUACCACCAUGGGAGUUGUUGCUGGGCUUCUUGUCCAGAACACACUUAAAUUCUUGCUUAAGUUUGGACAUGUUUCCCCGUACUUGGGAUAUAAUUCUCUUAAAGACUUUUUCCCGACCAUGGAAAUGAAACCGAACCCUCAGUGUUCAAAUGCAGCUUGUCUAGAACGACAGGAGGAGUAUUUCUUGGCUAAGCCAGCCAGGGAUGCUGCACUCAAGGCAAAGAUGGAAGCUGAAGACUUAUCUGCCACAGAAGUCUCACUUCAUGCUGACAAUGAAUGGAACAUAAGUGUCGUCGAUGAUAAUGAGCUGGAUAGCAUGGGUGCAGCUAGUACUGAUGCUCUUCCAGAAGGUCUUGUUCAUGAGCUCCCAAGUGCAGACGAGCCUCAAAAACUUCCAGGUUCUGAACCACCACUUACUUCUAUCGAUGAUCUAGAAGAUCUACGGAGGCAACUUGAUGCUCUAAACUCUAAUUGAUGUCCACCAACAGUUCCUCCCUACACAGAAAGCUAAUUCCUUUAGCAAGUCAAUGAUAUCAAUACCUCCAUCCUGACAAUACCCUUUCAGGGGCUAUCCGGCAAGAAAUGGUACUGAAACUCUUACCAUAUUGUUGGAGAGCAUGAUGAUUUGUGAUUGCUAAUUUAUCAUUUCUCCAUAGAGAGAGGGAAUGGGGGAAAAGGGCUCUUCAAACUUUUUAUAAUUUCAUUCAUCUGUAGUUGUUUGGUA